AUGGCCGAACGUAAAAACUCAACAGUCAUCAAUUGGGAACAAAAAUCAACCGCUAGGCCAAAGGCUAGAAGCUUGAAUCAGGUAGGUUUUUAAAAUUUUAAGGGUAGGGUAGGGUGAAAAAUUGUAAAAGAAAAAAUUUCGGGUAGUUUAAGCUUUUACUUUUAGUUAGACACAUUGAUAUCAAUGUGCUACCGCUCAGUAUGUAAAGACUGGGUUGAUGAAUGUCAUUGGUUUUGUGAGCAAAUCAAAGGAAAAGUAAGCUUUUUUAAUCUUUCUAUAUUUAAAUUUUGUAUUUUAACAAAAAUAUAAAAGCGUUUUCAUCAAAGACUUGUGUUUAGAACGGCUACUGGCGAUGUAUGGAAUGCCUAUCCAGUCGAGGGCAACAUUGUUUUGAUUGCUUUGAACUAUAG